AUGUCACGAGCCAGCCUUCAUGGUAGCACAGCUUGCCCAAACUUUUCUCUUUCUUCACUCUUUUGUUAUUCACCAUUGGAAUCCUGUCCGGUCGAUGUGGUACUGGUUCUCAGAAAUCAAGUCCAGGGUGUACGAAAUUUAUGUCUGGAUAUGCUAAAAUCGAACUCACUGAUCAGGCCCAAAUAUUUUAUUCUAUAUUUCCAUCAUGUUAUAUAAAUGAAAUGACUAUACCUAGCUGAGGUUUCUGUCUUGGAUUGGGUUACUUUGGGAAGAAUAUAUUCUUUUUUGGAACUAUUCUCAGUUAAAAGUUUAUUAUGGAUUUCAUUCAAUCUGUUUCAGUUUAUUUAUGUUGGAGCCUGCUUGACUGAGUGAGUACGUCGGAUUUCGUCAUCAUAGUUACCUUUUAUCUGUUCCAAGCUUCUUGUGGAAACGGAGGAUAAUUUGCUGGAUUCGGAGGCUUUAUAUGAAUCCUUCCUCAAGAAACUCAUACAAAUAAUGUUUGGUCACCUGGUAUAAAUGCAGAGUAGAUUUAGAGAUGAGAUUUCAAGAAGGUUGUGCUUGAUGGACUGCUCGCCCAGUAGCUGUGAUAAGAAAACGCUGAAGAGGUGGUUUUUCAUUGACAAAAGAGUUGGGUAAAGUGAAGAUCCAUUCAUCUCUGUUCUGACCAAGAAGCUAUUAAACACCAUAAACUUGGUUUACAAUUAGAACCCUAUGCAAUGGACUUGAAGUCAACAAAUGUGUCUCCUGUUCUCACUGAUUCUCCACCCAUGAACAAGUCCAGGCUAAGCACUCAUACUAGUCUACUGCCUUACUCUCAAUCGGGACUGUCAUUCUCCUCUGCCAUGCUAACAAUUCCACGAAAGAAGCCAGGAAAGCUUGAUGAUGUUCGAUCCAAUGGUUGGCUUGAUGCUAUGAUAUCCUCUUCUCCUCCUCGCAAGAAGUUUCUCAAGGAAUUCAAUGCUGAGGUUGCUUCAGAUGAUAGUGAUAUUGCUUACAACUCCUGGAUGCUUAAGCAUCCAUCAGCAAUUAACUUUUUUGAGCGUAUCACAAAUUAUGCAAAGAAGAAGAAGAUAGUGAUGUUUUUGGAUUAUGAUGGGACUCUUUCUCCAAUUGUAGAUGACCCUGAUCGUGCCUUUAUGUCUGAUGAUAUGCGUUCUGCUGUUAAGGACGUGGCAAAGUAUUUCCCAACGGCAAUCAUUAGUGGAAGAAGCCGUGAUAAGGUAUAUGAGUUGGUAGGACUAACUGAACUCUAUUAUGCUGGUAGUCAUGGUAUGGACAUCAUGUGGCCAGUUAGCGACACUGUGUCCACUGACCAUUCAAACUGUAUUAAAUCUACUGACCAACAGGGCAAGGAAGUAAAUCUGUUCCAGCCUGCUCGUGAAUUUUUGCCUAUGAUUGAUGAGGUUUUUAAAACCCUUGUCGAGAAUACUAAAAAUAUAAAAGGCGCAAAAGUUGAGAAUCAUAAAUUUUGCACCUCUGUUCAUUACCGUAACGUAGAUGAGAAGAGUUGGCCAACUGUUGCUCAACGUGUUCAUGAUGUUCUAAAAGAUUACCCUCGUUUGCGACUAACUCAUGGACGGAAGGUUUUAGAGGUCCGUCCUGUGAUUAACUGGGAUAAAGGGAAAGCAGUUAAAUUUUUGCUCGAAUCACUUGGGGUAUGCGACAGUAACAAUGUACUUCCAAUAUAUAUUGGAGAUGACAGGACAGAUGAAGAUGCAUUCAAGGUACUGCAGGAGGCGGGGAAUCGAGGUUAUGGAAUUCUUGUGUCUUCAGUACCAAAAGAAACCAAGGCAUUCUUCUCUCUCCGGGAUCCUUCAGAGGUCAAAGAGUUCCUCAAGUCCCUUGUGAGAUGGAAGGAAAUGAAUGCGAAGAAUUCAUCGAGUUCCUAUUGAGGUGGAGAGAAAAAACAAGGAAGAGUAGCAAAGUAAUCCUCAUAUAGGAUGGGUAUGGUAGCAGAUAUGGUAUCUAGGUUCUAGGGAAAAUCUGUUGCAUUUAUUUGCAUCAUUCUUUUUCCUCGUAUUAUGGUGUUGCGGCUUCUCUCUCUGCACAGCCACUUUCUUCUUCCCUCAGCCGGGAUGGUGUGUCUAAUUGUGGUCAUUCUCCAAAUGAGUUAAUUAGUUGUUUUAAUUUAACUUUCAGUAGUAUGGUCCAUAUGGAUUCUGUUGUGAUAAUCUUUUAAUCUCACUUGCAAGUCUUAUUCUUGCAGUUUUUAUGUUCUUUGAAAUGAAGUGAAUUGGUAUGACCUUUUUUUCUUC